ACGCGGCACAGCUGACAGUGUAAACAAAGAUGGCGACCGUCUACCUCGGCCUGCGCUUGCACUCGUCCAAACUCGAGAAAAUUACGCUGAAUAAUGUCAGUCUCAGCGAUACAGUCGACAGUAUCAAGCAGACAGCAGCUAGCAAGGGCAAGACGUCGGCGGAUAAAAUCGAACUAGUCCACUGUGGUGUCAUUCUGAAUGGAUCGGAGACGCUGGAAGAAGCAGGAAUCACCUCGGGUGCUAUGAUUCACUGUCUUCCCAAAAAAGAGGAUCCUGUAACUGUGGCCGUCCCAUUAAGCCUCCCUGAAGUGCAGACAUUACUGGUGUCUCUGAGAAAUGUUGCCGCUCACCCAAAUUUCCGUGCUUUUAUACAAAAACUGCGAACCCCAGAGAUGGUGGAGAAGGUGCUCUCAUCGUGUCCGAUUGCUCGGAGUGAUCCAUCAGCUCUCUCCAUGCUUCAAGACCCUGAGCUGUUUAUGGGACUCACUAAUCCAGAUAACUUAAGCAAGGUCGUAGAUAGUAAUCCUGCAGUGGGAAGGGUGGCAGAGUAUGUGACAUCCCUCAUGACGUCGGACACCACUUCACCUCGACGGUCACAUCAUGUCUCGUACUCCAUGGAUGCUCUCUCUGAUGACGAAGAAAUGGAUGCUGAGCAGUCAGGAGACUCAGCAGGUGGCAGUCGCAACAGUGGGUCAGUGCCCUUCCAGCCUAUUACACCAGCUCAGUUAGCAGCAGCUCUAGCCAGUGCUACAGGAAGCAGCAGUGGCAACAAUGGAAGUAAUACCCGCCUACCCACUAGUGCCCCACGCAGUAUCCCUACCACCCCUUCCGCUGCCACAACCACUCCUUUCAAUACCCCUGCACCAUCUGCAGGUGCCUCCGCAGGCCCAGGCCCCAUCACCCACGAGAUGUUCAGCACCGCCCUUCAGAAUGCGCUGGCAGCUUCAGCGUCCAGGGUGAGGGAUGGAGAGGUUGAGAGAGGAAGCCGUAGGCACAGUAGAGAGGGUGUCGGGAUUUUCUGUGAGAUUGUGUGUUCAGUGAAGGGAUGAGUGGGGUCUGUGUGGUGUCUGUUUUGUUUGUUUGUUGCAUGUCUGUUUCAAUGUGUAUGUGAAUGAUGAGUGUGUGUAAUGACAAGUUAUUAUGAUGUUAUCAUAAUAGGAAUGCUUGAAGGUAUUUUUUUUCUUGGAUAGAGUUUUAUUUUCUGUUUACUGUAUAUAUAUA